GACCAAUGCAGCGAGCAGAAGGGCGGAACUAGCCGCUAAUACACUCACGUGACCAUCGAGAGCAGGCGGUCACGCCAUAGAGCGAUGAAAAUGGGCCGAAAUCUGUGGACGUGGUUUGGUGUUCUGGUUCUGGGUGGUAUCUGUCUCAGCUUGGUGCCAGUGUCUGUCGCAGAGGAUGAUUUUGACCUUGACCUGGCUGAGGAAGAGGAGGAGUCACUUGGGCAGACUGAAAGUGUUCCUCAAGAUACACCCACACUGCAGGUGACCUACAAACCUCCAGAGCCGACAGGGGAACAUUUCUUCGCUGAAACUUUUCACCGUGGGACACUGGAUGGGUGGGUUCACUCAAGUGCCAGGAAAGAUGGAACGGAUGAAGACAUCGCUAAAUAUGACGGUCAGUGGCAGGUGGAAGAAAUGAAAGAAAAGAAACUACCGGGUGAUCUGGGUCUCGUCUUGAAGUCGAGAGCCAAGCAUCAUGCCAUCUCUGCACCGCUGCUGAGACCUUUCACCUUUGACACCAAACCUCUUAUUGUCCAGUAUGAGGUGAACUUUCAGUCCGGGAUCGAUUGUGGAGGUGCCUAUAUCAAACUGCUGACUCAGACGGACGAUCUUGACCUGGACCAGUUUGUGGACAAGACUCCAUACACCAUCAUGUUUGGGCCUGAUAAAUGUGGAGAAGAUUACAAACUUCACUUCAUCUUCAGACACAAAAAUCCCAAAACUGGAGAAUAUGAAGAGAAACACAGCAAGAAACCCGACUCUGACUUGAGGAGUUACUUCACUGACAAGAAAACUCACCUGUACACUCUAGUGGUGAACCCGGAUAAUAGCUUUGAGGUUCUGGUGGACCAGACAGUUGUGAAUAGUGGCAGCCUCCUGACGGACUUCAGCCCACCUGUCAACCCCCCGGCGGAGAUCGAGGACCCUGAUGACCACAAGCCGGAUGACUGGGAUGAAAGACCAAAAAUCCAGGACCCCGAUGCUCACAAGCCUGAAGACUGGGAUGAGGAUGCUCCCGCUCAGAUUCUAGAUGAAGAUGCAGUGAAACCGGACGGCUGGUUGGACGAUGAACCCGAGUACAUUGGUGACCCAGACGCUGUCAAGCCUGAAGACUGGGAUGAGGACAUGGACGGAGAGUGGGAGGCUCCUCAGAUUCAGAACCCAGCCUGCGAGACCGCUCCUGGUUGUGGUGCCUGGAAGAGGCCAAUGAUUGAAAAUCCUAACUACAAAGGCAAAUGGAAGGCUCCCAUGAUUGACAACCCGAGCUACCAGGGUGUCUGGAAGCCUCGGAAGAUCCCCAAUCCUGACUUUUUUGAGGAUCUGCACCCCUUCAGGAUGAGGCCCUUCAGCGCAGUUGGCUUAGAGCUGUGGUCCAUGACAUCUGAUAUUUUCUUUGACAACUUUUUCAUCACCAAUGACCGAAACACUGCAGAGCGUUGGGCCGCUGAUGGCUGGGGACUAAAGAGGGCAGCAGAGGGCGCUGCUGAGCCUGGUCUGGCCGCACAAAUGAUCAGUGCUGCAGAGGAGCGUCCAUGGCUGUGGAUCGUGUAUGUUCUGACAGGGGCGCUGCCACUGGUCCUCAUCAUUGUGUUCUGCUGCACUGGCAAGAAAAAGUCUGGUCCACCUGCCACAGACUAUAAGAAGACAGAUGAGGCCCAACCAGAUGUGAAGGACCAAGAGGAGGAAGCAAGUCCAGCAGAGGACAUGGACACGCCUACAGAGGAGCAGGAGGAGUCUGCGGAAGUCAAAGACGCUUCCGCUGAGGAUGAGACUUCAGAACGGAACCUGGAGGACGAUGUUCUGAGACGUUCCCCGAGGAACAGAAAGGUUAGGAAGGACUGAUGUGGUUCUAAAUGGCCUGCUACAUUCCCCUCAAGAGCGUCCCACACCACAGUCCAGGAGCUGCAGCAGAGACUAAAAAUCCAAAUCAACGCUUGUCUUUGUCAGUAGAUUCACAUUUGACUUGAUUAAUUUAUGGCAAUAACAAGUGGAACAGGAGGCUGGUGUGGGUGUGUGACUCCACUCUGUGUGUGUGUGUGUGGUUCUUGCUGACAUAUGAUCCUGAUUGACAUCUUGGCCCAACUGUCAGGAUGCCGUUGCCCUCUAGGUCUCAGGUGUCUAAAUGACCUUUGAACUUUAGUUUUUACUGGAUGAUGACCGGUGAGGCAUCAAGUUGUGAUGAAGUCAGCGUUCUUUUGAAUAAAAAGAAUUUAUUAUUUUUGUGUUCCAGUGUGUUCAGUUGUGGGUGCAAUUACCUGCCCCAUUGGCUCACAUUCCUUCUGCGGGCUACCAAACAGGUGCUUUGAUGUGAACGCCACAACCAUUAGCACAUCAUGUUAUUACUGGCUUGCCGUUUGCUCCUCCUGAAAGACAACAGUGUGGAUGUUUGUCUGUGACUCAGAGGGCUACUACCAGUUUGAUCAAGACUUUUAAAAAAGUUUGGCAGUUUGCCUUUGUUAAUACAGUAUACUAUAUUAUGAGUUGAUUAUUUGCAAUAAUUACAAAAGAUUUAAGGGUAGAAAACAUUAUUAGACACAA